UUUGCAUAUGUAUAACCCACUGAACAAGGCUGAGUUCCAGGGCAGCGAUGCUCAUCUUCAUCUGGGUCACUUUCUCUGUCACAGGUUGCUGGAGUAUAAAAGGCCCAGAUGCCAUCACAAUCCCCUAUGGAGCCUCCUUAUCGGUGAGCUGCAGUUACGACAAAUACUACACAAGUUACAUAAAGUAUUUCUGUAAGGGGGGCACCCGGAACUCCUGUAAAACCUUAAUUUCAUCAGACAGAUCCAACUGGGGGAUCAAUGACAGACUUUCUUUGGAGGACAAUUUCACCCAAUUCAGUGUCACAAUGCAGAAUAUGGAGCCACAGGAUUCUGGCACUUACCAGUGUGGUAUAGAAUUUGUUGGCCUUGAUAAAAUGCACCCAAUCAGGGUGACCGUCCUGCCAGGGGUUUGCAUAAAGUCACUUCCAUGGUUGGACAUGGUGAAUUUUCCACCCAAUUUUCAGCAGCUUCAGGAAAAUCAUAAAGUACAAGUGUCAUGUCAGAAACAGUUUGAGAACAAGACGUUUUCUUUAGAAUGUAAAAAACAAUCUGGCACUUUUCAGUUUCACACACAAACUGGAGAUCCGGCAUGUAUUGCGGCUCCUAUGUCUGAGAAUAACACUACAGAAUUGCCCCCUGGCAGCUCCAUCCUGGUAUCAGUGACCUUUGGCCUGCUGGCUCCUGCUGGCAUUAAACUGACGACAAUACUGGUGCUGCUCACUGUGAAGACUGUGUCAUGUAAAUUAAAUAAAAAUGCAUCAGCACAAGCAGCAGAUGGGACAACACAGAAGCCAACAGAGAAAAAAAGUGUCAACUUGUAUUAUGCGAAACUUGUGGACACAACUUUUACACAACAAUAUGAAAUUCCUGAAAUAAUAUAUGAAAAUGUAAAGCUGAACUGAUCCCAGUAGUUACCCAGAGACAGCUCUGAGUGUGAAUGUGUUAUAAUCUACAAAAUAAAAUACUGUUUUAUAACUGA